AUGGCUCACCGGCCGUCACCGACGUCAAAAUCCACCACCACUGCGGGUCUCCUCCCCAUUUCUCCAGCUGCCGCCGCCCAACAUGCGCCCGUGAAGCCCGCCUCCAGCAGAGCGUCUGCCUCGAGACUCAAGCUCCUGGUGCGACGACUGCCCCCAGGCCUGACCCAGGCCGAGUUCGAAACCGCCCUGGGCCCGGCGUGGACAGUGGGCAAGGGCAAACUGGACUGGUUUGCCUACAAGCCGGGAAAAUUGUCUGCCGAUCCCUCAAAGCCCUCGAAACCAUCUCGCGCCUACCUUCGUGUUACCGCCUCCGCCAUUGUCCCUGAGCUGUCCGAUAGAGUCCGCGAGACCUCCUUCCAGGACUCACGCAACACCUUCGCCGAUCCUGCUCUCCUUGGGCCUCCAACCCUCGAAUAUGCCCCGUACCCUCGCGUUCCCGGAGGCAAGGUCCGCAAGGACGCGAGGAUGGGUACGAUCGACCAGGAUCCCGAAUUCAUCGCCUUUCUCGAAAGCCUGACCAACCCCGUCCCUAAACCGAGCACAGACGACAUUGUGGAGCCCGACAAGGACGAGAAGAUUACCAUCACACCCUUGAUCCAGUACCUCAAGGACAAGAAGGCCAGCAAGGCAAAAGAGGCCAGUGCACCGGCCAGGGCUACGAAGCCAUCCAGGUCCGGAGCCAAGGAUGUCAAGGUGGAGAAGAUCCAGGCGAAGAAGGUCCUCAGCCGCGCCGAGAAAGCUGCAGCGCCAACCUCGGAAAAACAACAACCAAAAAUCGACAAGGCGGCAAAGGACGCUGCCAAAGCUGCUAACAAACAGAUUGCCAGCCAAGCGUCUAAGCAGAAAGGAGCAAAACCCGCUCCAGCUAGCAAACAGAGCGAGGUCCAACCGCAGCCACCCGCACCGGCGCCGCCGGGUCCGCCGCCCCAACGCAAGCGAGAACGAGGCAAUUUGAGUGCAGCUACCAAGAUUCUUCGACGAGACUUGGGACUCACGCCGCCCCGCAAAAGGGGAGAGAAGUCCAGCACAAACACGGCUGCUACGUCCAGUGCAACCGAAUCCAAACAGGCCGCCCCGACGCCUUCUACAGGGAGUACCAAACAGCAGGCUACGACGACUAAACCUUCCAAGGAGAAUCCACCGGCCAAGGUUACUCCUCCGAAGCUACUCAAGAAGCCUCCUACAGAGCCUGCAGCGGCGCGGAACGCGGCCAAGGCAACGAAUCCUCCCCCGGGUCCGAAAAAUGCUCCGCCAGAGAGUGCCAAGGCUGCCGCCCCCCAAUCAACCGCCACGCAGGCCUUCCUAAAACACGCGAACCCGUCGCAAGGCGUAACAGAAGACCUGCUCGAAUCGGGAUUCUCCAAGUUCGGCAAAGUGAUCAAUGUUGAGAUAGACAAGAAAAAAGGAUUCGGCUAUGUCGAUUUUGCGGAGCCAGAGGCAUUGCGGAAAGCAAUCCAAGCAAGCCCGGUGCAGAUCGCGCAGAGCCAGGUGGUCGUCUUGGAGCGACGGUCGACGGCAGCAGUUGCGCAGGCGCGUGGGAACCACAUGCGGAACCACCCUCCGCCGGUGAUGCCCGCACACUCCCCCGCAGGCGGCGGCGCAGGCGGAGGCGGUGGUGGUGGCGGGCCUACACCAGCCCGAGCACCACCACAAGGACCUAGGGGCGGAGGCCGCGGAGGACCAAGAAAUCGCGGUGGUUACGGCAGAGGAAGAAAUGGUCCUGGCGGAGGCGAUCGGUCUAAUAAUGCGAACACAGGACCAAAGCAAACUGCAACUGCCCCUCCCGCCAAAACUACAUCAUGA